AUGGCGGAGGGUCGCGAAUUCGAGUACCCGGCGACGGUGAAAGACGACGAGAUCGAGAGGCUCGGCAUCCUCGUCUCGGAGGUGGACCGACCGGUGCAGCUGUUGCUGCCUUGGUACGCCGCCGGCAUCAUGCCACCGGGCCUCACGGAGGACUCGGCCCCACAACCGGUGCAACCGCCGCCUCCACCUCCGCCGUACAAUCCGUUGGCGGCUCCACCUCCACCAUCGGCGUGGUGUGCUCCACCUCUACCACCGGCGUGGGUUGCUCCACCUCCACCAUCGGCCUGGGCUGCUCAACCUCCACCACCGGCAUGGGCUGCUCCACCUCCACCACCGCCGGCGGCAUCGGCGUAUGUUCCGCCGGUUCCCAACUCGCCGUGGCCGGUACUGGAGUUUGUCGUGAUCGACGAUGACGAGUAG